AUGGCUUCUCGUAUUCUCAACUCUCAAGUCGCUGCUUCCAUCAAGCGCGCUGGUGUUCGUUUCCAAUCCACCGCUGUUGAUGGUGGCUUCACCGCCGAGCGUGAUGCCAUCAAGCACCAUGCUGCUGAUGCUGCUGGUACCUGGAAGAAGAUCUCCAUCUUUGUCACUAUUCCUUGUCUUGCCGCUGCUAGUUUCAACGCCUACAACCUUUACGAAGCUCACCACGAACAUCAAAAGCACCACCCCAAGGAGUGGGUCAAGUACCCUUAUAUCAACUUCCGUGCUCGUGAUUACUUCUGGGGUAAGGAGUCUCUCUUCUUCAACCCUGAUGUCAAUCUCUCUGCUCAAGAGGAAUAA